UUCUAGCUCAGUGGGUGGGAAGGUUUAAAUUCUAGCAGCUCUCAGCUCUGCUGCGUGUUGGUUAAAAUCCUCCACCAGCGGCAUGAAGCUGGGAGCCUUCCUCCUCUUGGUGUCCCUCGUCACCCUCAGCCUGGAGGUACAGGAGCUUCAGGCUGCAGUGAGACCACUGCAACUUUUAGGCACCUGCGCUGAGCUCUGCAGAGGUGACUGGGACUGUGGGCCAGGGGAGAAAUGUAUCAGCAGCGGAUGCAGUAGCAUCUGUGCUACAAAUUAAGAACAGCUUCUACCUGGGGAAAAUAUGCCUGUCUGGAGCUCCGUGCCCAAGAAAGCAGUUGAAAAUGGAGGCCAUGGAUGAAGAUUACAAGGAGCACAGUGGGGAGGGACCAGGAGGUGUUUCUUUUAAUAAAUCAUCAUUGUAAGAGUC